AUGGCUGACGCACCCGCCGCCGAGCCCGCGCAGGCCCCUCCGGCCAACGACCCCCCCGCCCCUGCCGGCGAGGAGGGCGGCGAGAAGCAGUCGAAGAAGGGUGCCAAGAAGGCUGAGGCCAAGGCGAAGAAGGAGGCCGAGAAGGCCCGCCGUGCUGCCGAGCGUGAGGCCGCUGAGGCCGCGCAGAAGGCCGCCGGCGGCGGUGCCAGUGGUGAGGACCUGGCCAAGGAGAACUACGGCGACGUGACGGCGACGACCAAGGUCGAUGCGGAGCGCGUGCACCUGAAGGACAUCACUGAGGAACACAUUGGAAAGAGCGUCAAGGUGCGCGGCUGGAUCCAGAACUCGCGCAUGCAGGGCGCCAAGAUGUGCUUCAUCGAGCUGCGCGAGGAGCGCAACUGGGCCGUCCAGGGUGUUCUGGCCGCCAGCCCCGAGGGCAAGCCCGUUUCGCGACAGAUGGUCAAGUGGAUGGGCGGUCUCGCUCUCGAGUCUUUCAUCCUGGUCGAGGCUGUCAUCCAGAAGCCUCUUGACCCGGUCAAGAGCUGCAAGGUUAGCAACUUUGAGCUCCACAUCACCAAGUGCUACAUCCUCGCGCCUGGCCCCGAGGCUCUCGGCAUGAGCCUUCCCGUUGCGAACCGUGCCGUCUCCAGCUUCGAGGACGAAGACCCCUCAGUGACGGCUGCUAAGGCCGAGGCAGAGAAAUCGGUUGAGGCUCAUGGGACGCACCUGAGCAACCCUGCCAUGCACAAGCGCGCCCCCGUUCAGCAGGCCAUCGCCGAUGUGCGCAUGGCACGCGCAAGCGUGUUUGCCGAGUACCUUGACACCCAAAACUUUGUGCAGUUCGAGCCUCCCUGCCUUAUCGGAGCCGCUUCCGAGGGCGGUGCCAACGUCUUCUCUAUGCCCUACUUUGAAAAGACGGCCUAUCUGGCCCAGUCACCCCAAUUCUACAAGCAAAUUGAGAUUGCUGGUGGUCGCAAGCGAGUUUACUGCAUCGGACCGAACUCCAAUACCCCCCGCCACAUGACUGAGUUCACUGGCCUUGAUCUGGAGAUGGAGAUCGAGGAGGACUACCACGAAGUCAUGGAAAUGCUCGAGAAGGUUCUCUUGCACAUCUUCCGCGGCAUCAAGGAGCGCUGCGCCGAGCAGAUUGAGAUCAUCCGUGCCGUGUAUCCCUCGGAGGACUUCCUUCUGCCCGCUCCCGGUGAGGGCGUCCUCCGUCUCACCUUCGCCGAGGGCCAAAAGCUCCUGCGCGAGGAGGGCCCCGAGGAAUACCGCAACGUCUCUGACAAUGAGGACAUGUCGACGCCGCAGGAGAAGGCCCUUGGCGCCCUCAUCCGCAAGAAGUACAACACCGACUUCUUUGUCCUCGACAAGUUCCCCGAAUCGGCGCGCCCCUUCUACGCUCUCGAGGACCCCGCCAACCCCGCCGUCACCAACGCCUACGACUUCUUCAUGCGUGGCCAGGAGAUCCUCAGUGGUGGCCAGCGUAUUCACAUCCCCAGCGUCCUGGAGGCCAGGUUGAGAACGAAGGGUGUCGACCCCGAGUCGCAGGGCAUUAAGGAGUACGUCGAUGUCUUCCGCAGCGUUGGUGUCCCGCCGCACGGUGGAGGUGGUAUUGGUCUCGACCGUGUCGUUGCGUGGUUCCUCAACCUGCCUUCGGUGCACCUGGCCAGCUACUACCCGCGCACACCUAAGCGCCUGCUGCCAUAG